CCACAUCCAGCUGUGAUUUGAAUCUUUCAAUGGGAAAAGUUGGGUUUUUAGUUACUACUUAUCUUCUCAAGAACUAGUGUAACCCUCAUAAUUUCAAGUCCUUUUUCUUCAGAGAUUCUUCAUGCAUGAGCUAAUUAGUUCCUGUUUUUGUUCCAAAGCUGUUUAUAGAAGGAAGAUGGAAAGCGGCACCGUUUUGCUGGAAUCCAAAUCUUCACCGUUGAACCUUCUGCACGAGAUGCACGAGCUCCAGCUCCUGGGCCACCUGUGUGACGUCACAGUCAGCGUAGAGUACCAAGGUGUCCGUGAAGACUUCAUGGCCCAUAAAGCAGUGCUGGCAGCAACCAGCAAGUUUUUUAAGGAGGUGUUCCUGAACGACAACAGCACAGAUGGCACCAGGACUAAUGUCCACUUAAAAGAAGUUCAGGUCGUUGACUUUGCUUCGUUUUUGGAGUUUGUCUACACCGCCAGGGUGCAGGUGGAAGAAGACCGUGUGCAGCGCAUGCUGGAAGUGGCUGACAAGCUCAAGUGUUUGGACCUGUCUGAGACAUGCUUUCAGCUGAAGAAGCAGAUGCUGGAGUCGGUCCUUUUGGAAUUGCAGAGUUUCUCUGAGUCUCAGGAGGUGGAGGCCAGCAGUGGCCCCCAGGAGAGUGUGACCCCCAGCUCCAAAGCAAGCGUACCAGGGGAGGAUGCUCACGCCAAUGGCCUUGUGGAUUCCUUUGACUGCCCAAUAGAGAGACUUGGCAAUAGCCUUUCACCAGAAAUGCCGUCCAAGAAGUGCAAGGACAAACUGGACAAGAAGAAAGACGUGGCUAAGCCUCCCUACCCUAAACUCAGAAGAGCCAGCGGGAGACUGGCUGGAAAAAAGGUGUUUGUGGAAAUCCCUAAAAAGAAGUAUACACGAAGGCUCCGAGAACAGCAGAAAAGUGCUGAGGAAGCCGUAGAGAAUGACAGCUGUGUCCAGGACCCGGACAAUGAGAGGAUGGAGUCCGAGCCGGCGUCUAAAAGUGCAGCUUGCCCUGCUAGUGUGGAACAGGAGGAAGGCCUGCAGAAAGAGGAAGGAGAGAAGGAGGAGGAGGAAGGGAAGGAUGGGGAGGAGAAGAAGAAGAAGAAUAACUUCCAGUGCACAGUCUGUGAGAAGGCCUUCCUGUAUGAGAAGAGCUUCUUGAAACAUGUCAGGUACCACCACGGUGUGGCCACUGAGGUGGUGUACCGCUGUGACACCUGUGGCCAGACCUUUGCCAACCGCUGCAACCUGAAGAGCCACCAGCGCCAUGUGCACAGCAGUGAGCGCCACUUCCCGUGUGAAAUGUGUGCCAAAAAGUUCAAGCGCAAGAAGGACGUGAAACGGCAUGUGCUGCAGGUGCAUGAGGGUGGCGGCGAGCGGCACCACUGUGACCAGUGUGGCAAGGGCCUGAGCUCUAAGACUGCCCUGCGGCUGCACGAGCGCACACACACAGGCGACAAGCCCUACGGCUGCACCAAGUGUGAUGCCAAGUUCUCACAGCCCUCAGCGCUCAAGACCCACAUGAGAGUUCAUACAGAAAGACCUUUUGUCUGUGAUGAAUGUGGCAGAUUCACUCAGAACCACAUGCUGAUUUAUCAUAAAAGGUGCCACACAGGUAAAUACCCACACUCUUGUGAUUGACUUGAAAGGCCUUUUAUGUGCGAGACAUGUGGCAAGAGUUUUGCUUCUAAGGAGUACUUAAAACAUCACAAUAGAAUCCACACUGGAUCUAAACCCUUUAAAUGUGAAGUGUGUUUUCGGACCUUUGCCCAGCGGAAUUCCCUUUACCAGCAUGCUAAAGUCCACACAGGAGAGAGGCCUUAUUGUUGUGACCAGUGUGGGAAGCAGUUCACCCAGAUAAACGCCCUCCAGCGCCAUCAUCGAAUCCACACAGGAGAGAAGCCGUUCAUGUGCAAUGCGUGUGGACGGACAUUUACUGACAAGUCCACUCUCCGGAGGCACACCUCAAUACAUGAUAAGAAUACGCCAUGGAAGUCUUUCCUUGUCAUUGUAGAUGGCUCACUCAAGAAUGAUGAAGGGCAUAAGACAGAACACCCCGAUGAUGAAUACGCAUCGACCAAACUUUCAGAUAGAUUACUAUCUUUUGGUGAAAAUAGCCAUUUUAACAACCUACUGGAAGUCCAAGGCAAUGUGCCUGCCAUGCAGGAGAACGGUUCCACAGAUGCUGCUUGCAAAGCAGUGCUGUCUCAGGAUGCUCUGCUUAGCACUUCCAUCAGUGAGCUUGGUGAGCUGGCGCCACAGACAGGCUCAGUGCCUGCACACCUUCCCUCGCUGACCACCAUGGAGUGAGAACUUGACGUUGUGUGUCAAGAAGCAUGUGUGACUGCUAUAUUUCAAGUGAUGCCAGGGCCUAAGGAAAAAAAGUUGUCUGUGCGAGGAUGGAGGCAAGACUGGCCUUCCAGAUUUCCCUAAACUUCCAUGAGCUUGCACGUCUAUAUCACACUUAAUCGUUUUCCCGUUAACAUUUUGAUCUGCAUGAUCUCAACUACAUUU